GGCGGAGGGAAAAAGUCGAGUUGAGGAAUUUGAAUCUUGUUUGAAGGAGGAGAGGGAAAAGAAAGAGCCAGGGGAAUGUCUGAGUGAGCCGGUGGGUAGGAGCGAGACUUGGGACGACGCGCGGCAGUAAACACGGGCUUAAAAUACGCACAGGCGCUUAACAUACAGUUUGAACAGUUUUAUCUGACUUUUUGCGCUUUUUUAGCAGUAAAGACACGGCGAGGUUAAUAGUGUACGAUCUGGGAUUAAAACAACUUGAGUGAGACAGCGCAGAUUUUUUUUUCUUUUUGAGGGAAGUGAAACGAGAGGAUCCUGUUUGAUUUGGUCAGUGGAUAAUCGCAUUUUCAUCAUCAAGCCGGAGUCAAAAGAGAAGUUUUUAAGCUCUUUGAAGUUGCCAUGUUUGUGAGAUGACCGCGGCUGUAUAUCUGAACCGUCUUGCCACGAGAAGAAUCAUGAGCGCAUCUGUACGGUGGUUCCUGCUAUGUUGCGUAGUCGCGUUGUGUAUUGGUCCUGUGAAACCACUGACAGAUUUUGAGUUUGAGCGCAGUCCUGCCACAGUCAUCUCAUCUCUGGGGAAGCCUGUGAUGAUGCAGUGCACUUUGAAGGGGACAGGAGGAGAGGAGGAGGAGCCCCCUGAUGUGCUCUGGCUCCAUGAAGGAGAGCCCCUCCAGAUUGCAGACACAACCCAGUCCCAGGUGCACACGGGCAGCCACACCUGGACCAUCAUGAGCACCUUAAGGAUUGAGAAGGUCCAGCUGACUGAUAUGGGCUCAUACCAGUGUGCUGUCUUCAUUGAAACGGAACAGGCCUUUUCCAACGAGGGAAGCAUUCAACUGGAGGGACUACCUCAUUUCUCGGUGGAGCCCCAGCCCAUGUCCAUAGUGGCCAAUGUGCCAUUGAUACUUCUCUGUGUCGCCCACGGGCCCCCUGAACCCGUCCAUGUCAUCUGGCUGCAGGAUGGGGUGCCCCUCAAUGCUUUAACUGACCCUGUAGCUCUGUCCCCCUCCACACUCAAUAUUACAGGUCUUAACCGAACCAGCUCCUUCUCCUGUGAGGCCCAUAACCGUAAGGGUGUGGCCACCUCUGGCUCAGGUGUCAUUACAGUGCUGCCAUCUCAACCCAGUGACCUCAGAGCAGUGGAGAUCACUCAGGACAGCCUUCAUGUUACCUGGCAACCGGGGUUUGGAGGCGACUAUCCCAUAAUCCACUGCUCUGUUCAGGCUAAACAUGUGACAGAGACCUUCACAGCUGGGCCUGAUCGAAUGAUCCACAACCAGAACGUGAACAUUCCUCCACCUACUCACCUGAUUGGGGACUUGGAGCCCCACAGCUUGUAUGCUGUCCGAGUGUCCUGCCACAGCAGCCAGGGGGCAUCAGAGUGGUCACCCUGGGUGGAAAUGCGCACCAAAGAAGGAGUGCCAGACAAUCCACCAGUGAACGUGAGUGCUGUGCUGAAUGGGACAGAAGUGCUCAUGACAUGGCAGGAGCCUCCAGGGAAACACAAUGGAGAGCUGCAGGGUUACAUGGUGGAGUACAGCACACCUGCCCAGCAGCAGCUCACUGUGGACACUGGCUUGGACACGGAGCUGUCCAUCAACCUCUCUGCUCCACUGUCCAAUGUCUCUUUUCGGGUAUGUGCUUAUACAGGGGCUGGCCCAGGACCAUGGACGCCCACUCAGACUCUUAUGCUUAUAACUCCUGAAAUGGAAGGAAUAAAAGGUGGAUCUUCGCCCCCGGCCUUUUCCUGGCACUGGUGGUACGUGGUGAUGGCCAUCGCUGGAGCUGUGUCCAUAGCUGUGCUCAUGGCUGUUUAUGUGGCCAAGCUGCGGCGAAAGGAGACGCGCUUUGGAGAGGCAUUUGAGCCAAUGAUGGAGAGUGGAGAGCUGGUGGUCCGGUACCGAGCUCGUCGCACCUACAGCCGGAGAACCACAGAAGCUACAUUGAACAGCCUGGGCAUCAGUGAUGAGUUGAAACAGAAGCUGCAGGACGUCAUGGUGGACAGACACAAACUGACUCUGGGAAAGACCCUUGGAGAAGGAGAGUUUGGCUCUGUGAUGGAAGGGCUGCUCACUCAAGAGGAGUCUGUUCUGAAAGUGGCUGUAAAGACGAUGAAGAUUGCCAUCUGCACACGCUCUGAAAUGGAGGAUUUUCUGCGUGAAGCAGCCUGCAUGAAAGAGUUUGACCAUCCCAACGUCAUGAGGCUUUUAGGUGUGUGUUUGCAGACAGUGGAGAGUGAAGGUUACCCGUCUCCUGUGGUGAUCCUGCCCUACAUGAAACAUGGAGACCUGCACAGCUAUCUGCUCUACUCCAGACUCGGUGACUGCCCUGUGUACCUCCCCUCUCAGAUGCUGGUGAAGUUUAUGACCGACAUUGCCCGAGGAAUGGAGUACCUCAGUAACAAGAACUUUAUCCACAGAGACCUCGCCGCACGCAACUGCAUGUUGAAUGAGAACAUGAACGUUUGUGUGGCAGACUUUGGUCUCUCUAAAAAGAUCUACAAUGGGGAUUACUACAGACAAGGGAGGAUCUCAAAGAUGCCAGUUAAAUGGAUUGCAAUUGAAAGCUUGGCUGACCGUGUUUACACCACUAAGAGUGAUGUUUGGUCAUUUGGAGUGACGAUGUGGGAGAUUGCCACUAGGGGGCAGACGCCGUACCCUGGAGUGGAGAACAGUGAGAUCUAUGAUUACUUAAGACAGGGCAACCGCCUCAAACAGCCUCCUGACUGUUUGGACAGCAUCUACACCUUGAUGUUCUCAUGCUGGCUUCUGAGUCCCAAAGACCGCCCCUCCUUUGAAACCCUGCGCUGUGAGCUAGAGAAGGCUCUGGAUGAUCUACCGGACCCCCAGGACCCUGAUGAAAUCCUGUACGUGAACAUGGAGGAGUCAUCCAUGGAGCUGGGGGCUGUGGGUGGGCGCGACCCUAAUGUAGGCCCCUCCCCUCUAUGUCUAAAAGGUCUGGACUCUGUCACCACUGUGGAGGUGCACCACCCGAACCGUUACGUCCUCUGUCCACAGCACGAGACCAACCGGGCCCUAUGUGACUCUAUGGAAAGUCUGGACAUGCCCAUUUCAUCAUCCACUGCCACGCUGCCCUUACAGCCGUCCUGCCACUCCACGCCCAACCUGACCCCAGCCCCCACCCCCACCGUGGAGCUGCUAGAGGACAGAGACAGGAGAGUGCCCUGGUAGUGACGGUCAAGGACAAUGAACUAUUACUGCCAAUGUGCCCAUAUCGAGACUGACUUUAUUGACUGUAAAACACACAACGUGCCCCAUGAGAUGCUUUUGCACAAAUGUACUCGUGCCCACACAGCCGAAGACAUUCCACAGAAGAGAUGCAAAACAAAGAUCAAGAAUAACCUUAUGACAUCUGUGUAUCAACAACAGUAGUUUAUUCAUUCAAUUGGCCAAACACCACUUUUGGUACAAACAGGCCAAACAGACAAGACAAAAGCUACGGUUUUGGAGAUUUUGUUCCAAAUGCCAUAACAAAUCUCUUUGAUCAAAUACGGCUGGUAUAUUUUGGACUCCCUUGUACGUUCCUAUGACAUUCACUGUAUGCAUUCAAGAGGACACACUGCCGGACAAUCAGUAUCAUUUCAGCUCAUGUAGGUUCUCAUUUCACAUCUGUCCUUGAAUGAAACUAAACAUCUGUGAAUCAGCUGUACACUGCCAUAAUGCAUUGACACUCAGGACAAGGACAAUAUCUGAACAAGCAUUUCCUUACAGUUUUUUGUUUUUCCAACAAGUUUUUAACUUACCAAAAGGGCUGUCAAUCAGAAUUUCUAAGUUGUCCAACCUAAUUAAUAAUAUUUCGUGUUAUGUUUAUUGCAAGGAAAAGUGUUGAAUUUGAAAUGCAGGUACUAGUCCAAAGGGACACAUAAGAUACUGAAUAAUACUCAAAGGUUCAGACACAGCAGCUCCAGAUGUGUUGAUGCCUUUACAUUUGACAAAAGCACAGUGUUAUUAUUAUACACUUUGUAUGUUUUGCUGAUAUGAUUUUGCACUAAUGUUUGAAAGUCUUAUUUGUAAAUGUUUACUUUUUCUAUACAUGAAUUUUAUAAUUUCGUUGGCAAAUAUUCAGGCAUUGCAAAAUAUGGCCUUUAUCCUUCGAAAAGUAAUGAGUGACCAUAUAAGUCAUUCUGCUUCUCUCAUGUUUAGGACUGUUUCAGCUUCUUUGCACAGACCUGAGCAGCUUUUCAACAAGGAGGCACUUAAUUUAAAAUUUAUUUUAGUUUUAUUGCCCAUGAGAUUUAUAGGCCACACGUGUAAGGAGAAAACCUCUUCUGAUAAGGCUCUGUGUUUUUAGUUUGGUACUCUGGUACUUACAAUGGUACUGUAAAAAGGAAUGGUUGACUUGUUACGUUCUUAUUCACAAAUAUAAUCUGUUUGGUUUUAAUCAUCAAUUUGAGUAAGAUGGAUGAAGAUUGUGAUACCAAACCAGGGAACUCAGGAAAAUAAUAAUCUAGUUCAAAUUUAAUCCAGUCCUUAUAAAAUGUAAUAUUGUUAUCAACAUUAUUGUAUAUAGGACUCAAACUAACAAGUCUGCGUUCUAUUUUGCUGCCACUUUGACAACUAUUGAUUUCCACUUAAGUUUCCACUUAUGUUUAUAAUGUAAGGUAUACAUGUAGCCUAAAAUGUACAUUUCAUGAAAUCUACAGUUAAGGUACUGUAUCUUAGAUUAUAAGGCACUGAGCUUUUCUCGUGUAUAGUGAAUGUAUGACAUUUUUAAUGGUUACUCAUCUAUUUAGCUAACUGAUGAUUUUGACCAAUUUUUUUUAUAAAAGGUUCCAUCAACUUCCAAACUUUCCAAGUGCCUUGAGAGAGCCAGUAUUUUUCAUGUUUGUGGUUCUCCUUUUUAUUUGUGUUGAUUGGGAGAUGAUUGUACGUAGUUACAUUUAUAUUGCCAUUCUUUUGAUUUUUAUGCAUUUUUAUACCUGCAGUAUUUUGUAUAUGAAAUAAAUUU